CGGGCUCUCGCAGCGGCGGCAGAGCACGGCCGUCUGCGCGCCGUUCUGAGCCUCGUAAGGCUGCCCCGGGCUCGUCCUGAGUCCGUACUCCCAUCUCCCUUCUCUCUGAGCGCGAGCUGCCACCAUGCCGAGCGACAACGAGGACGAGAAGGAGAUGGAGGCCCGCUUCGAGCGCGAGACGGCGACCGCCGAGGAAUGGGUCGACGUCGUCGUCGACGUCGUCGGCGAGCUGGAGGAUUUACUGGACGACGGCGACGGCUACGACGCCGACGCCGACGCCGACGAGUCGAAGGGCGGGCAGUCGUUUAGGGAUGCGAUCAACGCGCUCGAGCGGAGAGCAAUUGAGGGAGAGGACUGGGACAGCGACGAGCACUCGCUGAGCCAGUCGGCGCUGCACGGCGAGUUCCGGAAACUCGUCGAGGACCGGCUGGACUCCGUGCUCAAGGAGAAGAACUUCGGCGCCGAGGAGUUCGUCGACCAAUUAAGGAAGGUCGACGACUCGCCGGGCUGGUCCUGGGCGCGGGCGUCCACGGCGGAAGUCGUUACAUUAUUACGACAAUGCGACGACUUCGGGGCCUGGGCCGAGGCGAUGCGCCGGAAGGCGGAACGAAGGGGGCACAAGUAACAGACAUUAGUCG